UUUUUUUGACGGCCGCGACGAAGGCCAUCUCAUCUAAGACGUCCAUACACCCGAUCGUCUAGACGCCGCCGUCGCACAAAACCCCUCCUCGAGACCUGUUAGCGCGGCCACUCACUCACUCACCUCACUCGUUCGCUCGGCCCUCUUUGCGACCCAAAUCACGACCACUCUGUGGAAGACGCGCAUCAUCGUCAACGCGCGCAGCAGUCGCCCGCUCCGAAUCCCAAAUCCAAAAUACCACAGCAACCCACCUAACUCACCGACCUCACCAACUCACCUGCGACUCAGCCAACCCCCCCAAAACCGGCGCCAUGCCGCCCGCCACCCGAAACCAACCGCGCGCGCCCGCGCCCGCGUCCGCACCGGCGAUGGACCCCAACCACGUCGCGCACGUCCUCGUAAUCCCGCGGCAGCAGCAACAAGACCCGCCGCCGCCGCCCACCCACACGACCACCAUCCCGGCCUACUACGGCUCCCUCACGGGCGGGCCCGACCCGGGCGCGGUCGCGGGCAUCACGAUCGGCGCCGUCGCGGGCUUCGUGCUGCUGCUCUGGCUGGUGUACACGUGCGUCAACAUGCGCAACCCGGGCGCGGCCGGCGGGGACGGCACGUCCACGGUGGUCACCGAGGGGUCCGGGUCCGUCUACACGCGCCGCCGCCAGCAGCAGCGCAGCCGCAGCCGGCGCAGGCACUCGCACUCGCGGCAUCAUAAUAAGGAGACGGUGGAGGUGCGGCGCGGGAGUGCCACGGUGCGUGGUGGACCCGUGGUGGUCGAGGAGGUGGUGGCGGCGUCGUCGAUGGCGCCGAGCGAGUUUGAUCGCGUGGUGGUGCAGGAGGAGAGAAGGAGGCGGAGUGUCAGCCGCGCGCGCAUGGCGCACCCGCCGAGGAGGGUGGUCUCGAGUAGUGGGGAGUCGGAUGACGAUGAUGAUGACGAGGAUGAGGUGGUGGUGAUUGAGGAGCAUAGCCCGUCGCGGCGGCGCAGGAGCAGGGUGCGGAGUGUGGAGAGACGGUCGAGCGGGUUUCGCGAGGUUGAUCCGGACCGGUUUGGUGGUGGCGAUGCCUCGUUUGUGGAGGUGCGCCGGCAGGGGAGUCGGAGGUGAUGCGGGUUAGUUGUGGUUUGUUGGGAGGGGGAGCUUGCCUGGGUAGGUGUGGUUGAUUUUGGAUGGGUUGAGGUCUUGGGGAAGUCAGUGUUAUGAAUACGGGUUGCGGGAGGUUUGGGUGUCUUUUUCUCGGCGCUGGGAUGUAAAUGAUGGACGAGGUGGGUACGGUACGGUACUGUGGAUGGGUGGCAGGAAUUGUGUGUUAAUAGAUAAACGAAUGGUUUGGAUGAAUCGGUUGUUCUUUCUGAAAGAUAUAGGGAAUUACGAUACAUUGCGAUACAUAUCCUCUUUACACUUCUAAUCGAGCUGCGAUUUUAACUGUUACCAACGUCCAUUUUUUAUCCACUUUACACCCAUCAUUUUUUUCCUACCCGCUACCUAGGCACGCUAGGUAAUUCGAAUAUCACCCGCGUCGAAUCCCUUCCUUGCUUCACUCAUAUGCGCCAAGCUUGCCCAAUGUAAG